UCUAAGCGCGACCUGAACACGCAAGGGCUAAGUGAGAAGGCUGUCUUGAGCCCCGCACCGUUUUAGAAGAAAGACUGUAAAUUCUCCACUGUCUUUAGUUCCAGGACAAAGAGCGGGAAGGAAAGUCUGAGUCACCAACCGCCACCGGCGGCCGGAAGGCACCGCCCCAGUGUCGGCUUCGCCCAGAGAGCGCAGUUUCCCAUCAGCCCGCGGGAGUGCCAGGACUACAACUCCCGGCAUUCUCCGCGGCCGCCGGAAUUAACCCUUCAAAGUCGAGGGCCGCAGUGCGCCCCGCCCCCGCCUUUUACCUGGACCCCGCAGGAGAUGGGUGCCCUCAUCGGCACACUGUCCUGUGGCCACCGGACAUCAUGCCUCCCAAGAAGGAUGUUCCUGUGAAGAAACCAGCAGGACCCUCCAUCGCCAAGCCUGCUGCCAAGCCAGCAGCGGGGGCCCCUCCAGCCAAGCCCAAGGCUGAGUCGGCUGUGCCUUCAGCCCCUGAAAAAACUCAGGAGCCCCCUAUUGAUCUCUCCAAAGUGACGAUCGAGUUUAACAAGGACCAGCUGGAGGAGUUCAAGGAGGCCUUCGAGCUGUUUGACCGAGUAGGGGAUGGCAAGAUCCUGUACAGCCAGUGUGGGGACGUGAUGAGGGCCCUGGGCCAGAACCCCACCAACGCCGAGGUGCUCAAGGUCCUGGGGAACCCCAAGAGUGACGAGCUGAAGACCCGGCGUGUGGACUUCGAGACUUUCCUGCCCAUGCUCCAGGCAGUGGCCAAGAACCGGGACCAAGGCACAUACGAGGACUACCUGGAGGGGCUUCGGGUGUUUGACAAGGAGGGAAACGGCAAAGUCAUGGGAGCGGAGCUCAGACAUGUCCUUACCACCCUGGGAGAGAAGAUGACUGAGGAGGAGGUGGAGACUGUUCUAGCAGGACAUGAGGACAGCAACGGCUGCAUCAACUAUGAGGCCUUCCUGAAGCACAUCCUAAGCGUCUGAGCGCCACAGAUCCAGUGGGCUGGGACCCCAGGCCCCGCCGCGGAAGCACGUUCCUGCCACCAGGGGGCCACCUAUUGUUUCAAAAUAAAGACAUGGUUCCUUC